UCGGCGUCUCGGUUCUGAUUCUCAUUUCGGUUCGAGAGACGAAGCAGCUCUUCCUCGCUGCUCUCUCCCUCCAUUUUCCUCCUCCUCUUCCUCCUCCUCCUCCUUCUCCUCUUCCUCAGACGGUCGGUCCGACUCCUCGCCUUCGCCGCCUCCAUCAUCAUCCUCGGAGCCAGUCGACCCCUUACCCUCACCAUGGCAACGGUCAUCAGCACGCGCUUCUCCGAUGAGUAUCAACUGUACGAGGAGCUGGGAAAGGGAGCGUUCUCCGUGGUGCGGCGCUGUGUGAAGGUUCUAUCGGGUCAGGAAUACGCUGCCAAGAUCAUCAACACCAAGAAGCUGUCUGCUAGAGAUCACCAGAAAUUGGACCGAGAAGCCCGGAUCUGUCGGCUGCUGAAGCAUCCCAACAUCGUUCGGCUUCAUGACAGCAUCUCAGAGGAGGCGCAUCAUUACCUCAUCUUCGACCUGGUUACAGGUGGAGAGCUGUUUGAAGACAUCGUAGCCAGAGAAUAUUACAGUGAAGCCGAUGCCAGCCACUGCAUCCAGCAGAUCCUGGAGGCGGUGCUUCACUGUCAUCAAAUGGGCGUGGUCCACCGAGACCUGAAGCCAGAGAACCUGCUGCUGGCCUCCAAGUCUAAAGGAGCGGCGGUGAAACUGGCCGACUUCGGCCUCGCCAUCGAGGUGGAGGGCGACCAGCAGGCCUGGUUUGGCUUUGCUGGAACUCCAGGCUACCUGUCUCCAGAGGUCCUGAGGAAGGACCCAUACGGGAAGGCGGUGGACCUCUGGGCCUGCGGCGUGAUUCUCUACAUCCUUCUGGUGGGCUACCCUCCGUUCUGGGAUGAAGACCAGCACCGCCUCUACCAGCAGAUCAAAGCUGGAGCCUAUGACUUUCCUUCCCCGGAGUGGGACACGGUGACGCCCGAAGCCAAAGACCUGAUCAACAAGAUGCUGACCAUCAACCCGGCCAAACGCAUCACCGCCGCUGAGGCGCUCAAACACCCCUGGAUCUCUCACCGCUCCACCGUGGCUUCCUGUAUGCAUCGCCAAGAGACAGUUGAAUGUUUGAAGAAAUUCAACGCCAGGAGGAAGCUGAAGGGGGCCAUCCUGACCACCAUGCUGGCCACCAGGAACUUCUCUGGAGGAAAGAGUGGCAGCAACAAGAAGGCCGACGGAGUCAAGGAGUCGUCUGAGAGCACCAACACCACCAUCGAGGAUGAAGACACCAGAGUGAGGAAACAGGACAUCAUUAAAGUGACGGAGCAGCUCAUCGAGGCCAUCAGUAAUGGAGACUUUGAGAGCUACACGAAAAUGUGCGACCCAGCAGUGACGGCGUUUGAACCCGAGGCUUUGGGGAACCUGGUCGAAGGCUUGGACUUCCACCGCUUUUAUUUUGAAAACUUGUGGUCCAAAAACAGCAAGCCGGUGCACACCACCAUCCUGAACCCCCACAUCCACCUGGUGGGCGACGAGGCCGCCUGCAUUGCCUACAUCCGGGUCACGCAGUAUAUCGACUCCAACGGCACGCCGCGCACCGCCCAAUCAGAGGAGACCAGGGUGUGGCACCGUCGGGACGGGAAAUGGCAGAUCGUCCACUUCCACCGCUCAGGAUCGCCCUCCACCCUCAGCAACUAACGUCCUCCUCCAGAGUGGGCGGGGCUCUAAUGGGGCUGCUGUCGCCUUGACAACGGGAUGAUUGACAGCAAGCCAGCUGUUGUCUGACACCAACCAUUCAGGAUUUUCUUUGAGGCGUUGGAGGAGGAAACUGCGGGGUCAGAAAGCUUCGGUCAUCCGGCAGUGAAUCCCAUCACCAAUUAACCAAUCAGUCAUCCAACCAAUAACACAGCUUUGUAACUGACCAAUCAGUUCGCUCCGUGCAGUGGGUAGGAAACUUUGUAUCUCCAGCUGUAUGCACACAGCGCCCCCUUGUGGUCAGAAGCUCUCAUUGAUUAAAAUGUGCGAUUAGCUCUGAUCUUUUUGAUGCUACUGAGCAUGUGCAGAAAGCUCUGCACUUUCAUCAUCAUGUCAGACAUUUAUUAUCAACUAAUCGGAAUCAGAACCAAUCACAUUGAUCCCACUGAGCCUGAAGUAGUCUGAGAUACAAGGUUUCCCCCUGCUGGUCACUUUUGAUAUCUGCAGUAAUAAAUAAUAUUUAGUUUAUUGUUAUCUUUAGAAUAAAAAUAUAAAUAAGUUGUAAUAUUGAUUAUCUGCUGAUUACAGAGUUUAUCAUAACAUUUCAUUUACACACACACACACAAAUGACAUACACACUGCACCCUCUGGUGUUCAGAGAGUGCCAGAAACUUCCUCCACUUUCGAUCUUCCACUUACACCACCCACCACAACUAGGAGGGCCUAACGAGCUAGUUUAACGAGCUAGCUUAGCGAGCUAUCUGCUCCUCCUCCACGGCUCUUUCAGCUGGAGGAAGUUUAUUGUUCUGGUUGAAAUGUUUUCCAUCUAGAAACUGGAAGAGGAAGUGACCUCAGGUCUGUGGACUUGAUGUCUGUAAGGCUCGUUGUUCUGCUGGGAGAUUCUAGGCGCUGCUUUAGUAGAACCAGCAGGUCGUUUCAGAACAGACGCGAAAUCAGACGACCAAUCAGAACCACGACACCAUUCGCAUAAACCUGGAACGACCAUGGUUGGUACCGGUAUCACUACCAUGGUUGGUACCAGGUGUACAAGUGAGUAAAUGAAUCAGUUCUUGAACUGGACUGCAGGUUCAGAUUCUAUAUAUUUAAAUAAAACCUUCCAAAUGGUACAGAUCACAGAUAUUGGUUCUGAAAUGGAUCAGAACCAGUCCAUAGCUUGGUUCUGGUUGGUACUCUUGUUGGACUCGUCUGGACCUCUGUGAGCAGAACCAGCAGGUUCUGAGGGUUUGUUCUGCAUCGUCUCUAUUGGGUUUUUAGAGGUCGACCUGGCCUGAAGCAGAACUCAGCAGCUCCCUCUGGCAGUUGGUUCUGAUGGACCCUGCAUGGACAGCUCGUGUUUCUUCCUCCUUGGUGCCGGUUCUGUACAGACUGUAUGACUCUCUGCAUGCUGGACUUUGUGUUUAGUGUUUGGGCUUCAGGCGCCGCCGCGUUCCGGCCGUUCCCGGCUCUCGGACCUUUCCGUCGCUAGGGUUUAGUAUUUGUCAUUGGGAUCAAUGGUGUCCGUUAGCCUUGAGCUAACGAAACGCCGCCGGUGCCACUUUGAUAUUCUGCCUUUUCGGACCCGUUGUAUUUGUCUCUGAAGCUUUCAGGAGCUUUUUACCGUCAGGAGAAUGUAGAACUUUGUACAAUCAGAUUCUUACCAUGUCGAUGACGAUGAUGAUAUUAUACCUUCUUGUGUGGCGUUUGUAUAUUUGAAGCUUUUUAAGCUUCCAGCUUCCUGGUUUGGAUUUUUUCGUGUUUUAGCAGCUGCUGAAUGUUUUCCCUGCUGCUGCCCUUUGGUUCGCUUCACACUGAUCUCUGGGUCAUCCGGAGUCCAGGCUGAGGACCCAGAGGGGUGGGGCAUCGGGGGCGAAGCCUUCUAGCUAAGGUUUAGGCCACACCCACUGAUCCAACAGGACAUUGAGUCAGAAAGCCAAUGCACCUUAUGGCGGGCCUGUCAGGUUCUGUUCUGGUGACCCGUUGUGUUCCUCCUGCUCUGAAUUUAUGCUUUUCUACCAGUGGUGGGCACAAUAAUGCUAAUGUGCUAACAGCAGAGCUACCUUUUAGCUUCAGCGUUGUUGCUAACUUAGCUUGUCCUGAAUUAAUUUUUCUGAAUAAAUUCUAAAGUGCUAAUUUUCCCAGCUGUUUUAUGAACAUUCAUGUUAAAUAAAUAAAGUUUUAUUCAUGUUAAAUAAGUUUAACAUGAAUAUCAUGUAAACAUCAUUUUGUUAUGAGCAUGUCAAAUCAUAAUGUCAACAUGAAAGCAGUGCUGACGGGUUGUCAAUAAUCUGAAUGGCUUUAUAGUUAGCAUUUUUUAAAUACCAUGUUGUUGUUGCGUGUUAGCAUUAGCACAGCUAACUCUUUAGCUAGCGUUGCCUACCACUGAAGAAAAUCUUUGUUUACGCUCCUGUCCCUUUAAGAUGCCCCCUCUCUGCUGAUUGGCUAGCCUGUGGACGAGCCCUGGCCUCCCGUGUUUGCAGUGCAAUGCCGCACCUGGACUCCAGGUGACGCCCCAGAGAGAACGGCUGUUUCCUACAGUCUCAGUGGUUUUUACAGCUGCACCUUCACUCUGAACUCUUACGACACUUGAAAGUAUUUAUUAGUGGUGAACGAUGCAAAAAUAUCUGAGAUGUCAUUUUUUAGAAACUUUUGCUGUUGAAGCUGAGUCGAUUCCUCUCCCGAAAAGAAUCGUUCUGCUGCUGGAUCCGCUUCAGGAUCCGCUUCCCGACUCAGCAGCGUGGCGGUGUUAUGAUGUGGGAUCCCACCUCUCCGUCGCAGCUCUGCAGACAGGAGGCAGGGAGAAUCUCCAGAUGUUAAUAAGUUAAUAAAAGAGCCGGCUGAAUGUAUCCCUGCUGGUUAAAGGGCCAGCCCAGAGAGCCAUUCUUCCUGUUUCCUGUCGCCCUGCAGAACUAAUCAGUGAUCAAUAAUCCCCAAUAAUCCUCUCAGCUUUUUCUACUAUGAUGAAUAUUGUUCUGUACUGUAUUAUCUGGACUAAUGCUGCAUGCUCAGUGUUUACCUGUGGGAGUCUGUGUGUGUCUGAGGGAGAGAAUGUGUUUUUAAAUAGUUUUUUUUUUGUAGUUUUUGGAGUAUUUUCUUCUUCUGCAUCGUGUUCAAUAUGAUUCUGUAAAUAAAGGAGAUGGUCAAACUC